UAAGUUCGUCUGGCAUCCAGGCUACUAUGCCAAGGAUAGGAUUUGGAAAUUCCAGUUAUUUGAAAAUGUUAUUUUCUUAAUAUCGAUGCCCAGUAAAGAUGUCCCAGUACGGGCCAGUGGGGUGCCGACCAAAUUGUUGACAAAUUAUGUGAUCACUGAUCGCUGUUUUGGAACAUUAAGUUACGUUAAGCCUUUUCCUUAUAACGGGCAUCAAUUGAGUAGUGGGGACUACAACUCCCAGAAAACCUGUGCCGUGUUGACCAGCAGUUUUGCACAACGUCACCGUGCGCGCGCGUCUACAACUCAGCCCGAAGGCUAUUUAAAAGGAUUACACUAUUUUGACGUGUAUGCAUAUGGCGGAAUUUAUGCUUGUUUAAAAGCAUGAAUUGUUAUAUUAACGAUAAAGUUACAAGGUCAUAUUACUUAUCAUACAUGUACGUCGCACCGACUGCUAUUAUAGCAAGUAGCUACCUCCUUGCAAGCGCGCAAGACCUUGCAUCAAGGUAACUGUCAUCGGGUCCAGUUGCUUUGAACACUAGCUUUGCUACAGAUUCGCCUUGGCAAAAAUGAUGGCCUUUCCAGAAUGGCGGUUGUCCCUGAAGCUAAUGGACCAGCCGUCCAUCCCCAAGUCAGUGCUGCAGUUUCCCGAGAGCGAGCCCGGGGACGUUCCUCCUGGAGGGUAUCGCGUCGCGACGCUGAAGCAGCUCGUGUCUGCGCAGUUACCUGAUGCCGUACCAGACCCCGACCUCAUAGAUUUGGUGUACUGUGGCAGAAAGCUAAAAGAUGAUCUGACAUUAGACUCCUAUGGGAUUGAAUCAGGCUCUACAGUGCACAUCCUGAAGAAGUCCUGGCCAGAACCAGUGGCCCAACCAGAGCCCGUUGACAGAGCAGCAGCAGCCAGGGAAUUCCGUGUUCUGCAAGCAGCCAUUCACACAAGCACGGCUUACAGAGACUCGGUGUUUAAAAUGCUGAAUAAUAAGGAGUCUUUGGAUCAGAUCAUAGUAGCGACGCCAGGGCUCAGCAGCGAUCCUGUUGCUUUGGGAGUGCUUCAAGAUAAAGACCUAUUUGUGCAAUUCACUGACCCAAACAUGCUUGAUGUGCUGAUCAGCUCACACCCAGCGCUUGUGAACGCCAUCAUUCUGGUGCUGCACUCGGUGGCGGGCAGCGUGCCAACCCAGCAGAGCGCCUCCUCCUCCAGGAACAUCUCCUCAGGUUCCUACGGCGACAUGCCAGGGGGAUUUCUGUUUGAAGGUUUGUCUGACGAUGAGGACGACUUCCAGUCGGGCAGUCGUGGUGGUCCUUCCACUAGCGCGGGGGCCUCGGCGGGGAUACGUCCGGUGACGCUGGGCUACAGUGGGGCUCUGGGUCCCAGGCCCAUCACCCAGAGCGAACUGGCCACUGCCCUGGCCCUGGCCAGCACUCCAGAGAGCAGCGCAGCCACUCCCACCACUGGCAACCAGGGCCCCUCCUCAGGUGAGUCUCCUGCUCCUGCUGGGACCCCCAUCACCAACGACCUGUUCAACCAGGCGCUGCAGCAGGCCUUACAGGUGUCCAGCAUGUCUUCUCUGCAGUGUGUUAAGGAGUCCCGGGCCCAGCUGUGUGUGCUCUCUGUGUGUGCAGAACCAGUGGCAGUCCCAGCUACAGCAGCUGAGGGACAUGGGCAUCAGGGAUGAGGAGCUGAUCCUGCGAGCGCUGCAGGCCACAGGAGGAGACAUCCAGGCUGCCCUGGAGCUCAUCUUUGCUGGGGGGGCACCUUGAGCCGUCCCCCCCCCACCUCUGCCCCCCUGCCCACGGACACAAGCACCAUCCUUACCACGACCACCACCAGUACAACUAACACAAACGCUGCCUCUUGUUGGUUUUUCCGAACACUCUUUGUUCUUAUCACAUGAGCACGUGAGGAAAGUCGGCCUGUCACUGUAACAGUGCUGUAUGUAGCGGGCACCAGUAGCAGUUUCGCUACAGCAAUCUGUUAUGCAUAUGCCACACCAGUACAGUGCCACCAGUAUAUAUUCGAUGUUUGAAAGGGCAGGGCAGUGAUAGAACAGUAAUAUGCAUGUUGAAAAAGACAGUGUUUCCAAUGUCACUGUUUUUAUGCAUCUUGGUUCGUUGUUUCAGGUUUUUUGUUUUUUUAAUCACUUGUUUACAUUGACCAGUCAGAAGCAAGAUGCAUAGGCCAUAACAUUGAGAAACUACCUCGUUGGUGAAGGGUUAGAAGCCUUUUUAUUCUUUGGAAAAAAUUAUAAUUUAUGUGAGAACUACUUUGUGGCCCCCAGUAUUACUUCGAGGUUAGUGCACUUUAUUUGCACAUUUAACUCAAGUGUAAAUAAUUGUAUUGAAUAAUUAAUAGAAUGAAAAUUACAUUAGAGAGUAAUCUUAAUUUUCCUGCAAGUGUAGUUUUAAUGAAACUUCAUAGUAAAUAAAUGAAUUGUUAACUUAUGACUUGAUUUUGCAAAGUAGUUGGGUAGGGUCAGCUUAUUUUGGGCAAUAUUACACACUCAUCCCAGGACUGGAGCAUCAUACUGCAUGUUACUAUUAUGUAUGUAAAGCAAUAUUUAUCUGGCAUCCGUUCUAAGAUUAGAUCUUCCAUUGUGUCGGCCUACAUGUAGUAAAAAUCCUGUCUGUUAAAUUGUGUAUUUUCACGUUUGGGCUAAUGUUCAUACGGUCUGUAAGAUCUGAGAAAUACUGAAUAAAGUCCAUGGUGAGAGUU